GUGUAACACCCUGUGGAUUAAGUUAAAAUCAAAGUACUUAUAGCAGCACGUAUUCGCAUUGGUGCUAGAACAGUUGAGAUUGGUGUAUUUCACAUACAGUGGGUAUACCGCAUGCAGUGGUGCUAGUUUGUCGGUGUACAUCCAUCAAUUGAUAUCAUCCUGCCUUGAUUCAAAUUGUAUUUUUGAAGGUGCGCUUCCAUUGCUAGUUUUUAAUUUAAUGUUGUGACAGAUUAAUUUUGGAUUAAGCAUCUCGCCCCGCGACGGAAGACGGAAGACCGAAACGUUUAUUUAUGGUUUAAUGGAGAAUAAGUAGAACCACACACAACAUGAAUAAAUACCUCAGGUUAUUUUUUUACCGGGUUUUGAAGGAUUUGAAGCAAAAGGAAUUGCUUCCACUGAAACUUUUAUUUUUCAUGCAUUCAUCGACUAUAUUGGUAUUAUAUCCGUACUUGACGAUACAUAUGAGAGAAUUAGGCAUUAAUGUAGAAGAAACAGCUAUAAUGUCUGCAGUAACGCCAGCAGUAGCCAUAUUGAUGCCACCUGUAGCUGGGAUGAUAGCUGACAAAAUAGGAAAUUUCAGGGUGUUACUAGCAGGAUUCUCAGUAAUAGGCGGUGGAGCCGCAUUACUACUUCUACUAGUUCCUGUCGGAAGAGUAACGUUAACAUAUCCCAAUAAACUGAUAUUUGGGCUUUUAUGUGAAACCAAUACAACACCAACAUUAUCCUUGUACCAAGAACAUCCUUGUACACCUCUCAAAUCAGGUGGAAUUAUCGAAACCGAGAUUAAGCUUGAAUCCUGCGGAUUUUCUUGCCAAGCGGUACUAAGCAAAAAUUAUAGCAAAUUAAUUUUAGACACUCGAAGUUACGAUGUGCAAAUUUACGACAUUUCUAAAAAUUCUACGCUGCUGUACACUUAUAAGCUCAGUCAGGACGAUAUCUUCGAACCAGAACAAAUUACUAAAAGAAGGAAUAAAAUAUCUUUAAAGAAUAAUGAAAGAUAUCGUACAUCGAUUAGAAAAUUAUCUAAGAAUUCGUUCUAUUUUCCAACAAUAUCGAUGUAUAACUUUUCCUGCAAUCUAGCCGAAAAUGCUGCAAUGAGUUGUGUAUUGGGCAGCAGGGAUCAGUUUGAUGGGUUUGAAAGGAUACCAAAUCCUUGGAAAACGGGCAUUAUAUUGAAUCCACCUGAUCACAUUGAUACAGAAGAGGAAAAACAAAUUUACAAAAUUGAUUAUGUUAAUUCCAAGCAGCAAUCUAAUAUUACCUGUCUUGAAAACACAGCUAUGAUAGCCAAGCAUAUAUCUGUAACAAUUCCUAUUAACUCGAAUGAAUCCACUGUUAAGCACUUGGAUCUAGGGAGCUGCUCGCACAGAUGUAUUGCAACCGCACCUAGAAAGAACGUUUGCUCAAAUGAGAAGACUUCUAGAGAACUGGACAUGAGUCUCACAUUUUGGUCCUACCUCUCCAUUAGAGUGUUUGUUGGUAUUAUCAGUGGUACUGCUUUUGCUAUGUUCGAAGGAGCAGUUAUAGCUCUUUUGAGGGAGCACAAAGCUGACUAUGGACUGCAAAGGAUCUAUGCUACUAUUGGAGGCAUGAUUAGUUCACCGAUAUCCGGAUGGAUGAUUGACUAUGCUAGUAGAGGCAAAGGUUACACAGAUUUCAGACCUGUAUUCUUCCUAUAUGCUGCAUUGAAAAUAAUAAGUGGAGUUUUAAUGUUGUUCAUUAAUCUGGAAUUUAAGAAGGCAGCUUCCAGCGUAAUCACUGAUGUUUUAGAGGUACUUAAAAAGCUGGAACUUAUUGCGUUGUUCGCAUCUUGUGUAAUUUUAGGUUGUGCAUGGGGUUUUAUCGAAAGUUUCCUAUUUUGGCUCCUGGACGAUCUCGGUGCAUCAAAAUCAUUGAUGGGUUUAACAGUUACAAUAGGAGGAAUUGUAGGAAUACCUCUACUUAUUCUAUCUGGACCAAUUAUCAAAAAAAUAGGUCACGCCAAUGUCAUAUUCAUCGGUUUCAUCUUCUAUGCAAUCAGAUUAAUUGGGUAUUCUAUGAUAUAUCAUCCAUGGCUGUGCCUAAUAUUCGAAGCAAUGGAGUCUGUUACGUUUGGACUAAGUUUUACAGCUGCUGUGACAUAUGCUGCUAAGUUAUCAACGGUUACGACUGACACCAGUAUACAGGGGAUGCUUGGAGGACUGUAUUAUGGAGUUGGUAAAGGAAUUGGUAGUCUCAUAGGUGGUUAUUUAAUAGAGAUGAUAGGAAUCCGUCACACAUUUCAGUGCUUUUCAGUAGCAACUUUGAUUAUAGGAAUUAUUUAUUUCAUCUUCUACCACGUGUACAUGAAGAAACAUCCUUCCCAAGGUACAGAUAUUACAAAGAAAGAUAAAGAGAAGCCCCCAGAAGGUUUUACUGAUAUAAACUUGAAAUCUAAAUCUGAGCUGGCUGACAUCCAAGCGGAUUUGCCAGUUGUGUACGAAGACGCCAUGUGCAAUCCUGCAUACGAAACUACUGAGAUUGAAGACGAACCUGAAGAUGACAAAACGGAUUAUAUAAAAGCUAAUGGAAAAGUUUGACAUAUUUAAUGAACAGAUCUUUGUCAGUAUUUCUAGGUUAUUUUAUAGGUCAGGAGGGUAAAGAAGUAUAUGACAUGAACUUUUAUAAAGAGUAUAUUAAUUUAAGCAAAACGUUUUUAUGGGCAGUAAUUUUUGUAUAACCUAAUUUAACAUUGCCUCAAAGUAGUAAACCUUUAUUUUUGACACCCUAUAUCUUAAUUAGCGUAUUUAUUAUUAUUUUUUUUAAUAGGAUCUGAUACCGUGUCAUUUUUCAACCACUACUCUCCUGACUUAUUGUACGUUUUGUAAAUUUUGUAAAUCUGAUUUAUUGAAGUUCCUUAAGGUAACAUUUAGUUAAGCAUUUCAAGUUGAUAACCUGUAUGAUAAUUACAGAUUGUAUCUGGUUUAAAAUACGACGAGAUAUUGAUAUCAAUUGAUCUAUACUUACAAAAAAA